CGAUGCUUAAGCAAUUCCCAAUGCCAUUACCAUUUGUAGUUCGGUUGGUGGGGGAGGGGAUAUUUUUGGCGGGGUAAUCACACCCUGUAGUGCCUUCCAGGGGCUGCAGGUGCUCAAGCUCCAGGGGCUAUCGGGAUCCCCACUAGUACCUACUACGGAUUGAGCGUGUGCUGUUAUGACUUCAGGAAACCACGCCGCAUCUCGGAAAAAAAAGAAUUAUUUUGACUGGUAAUAGUUGAUAACUUGUGAUGAUAUGGCGAAGGAUGCGAGCUCCGAGGGAGCGCUCCGGGUGAGCAGAUGCAGCUGCGAGAUGGGACGCAAGAGACACCGCAUCCCGAAGUCGAUACAAAUCCCUUUCGAAGCUUUUCAACCUAUCGAUGUACCCAUCCAUAAUCACGAUUCGGAUGAUGAAAGCGGCGACGAUACGGACGAAGCCGAUCAAGAUGAUGGCAAUACAUUUUUCGAUGGUGAGCUUUUUGGCACCGUCACCAUAGGUGGUGAUUUUUUCGUCGUAAACCAACAACUUCUAGAUGUUGCCUUCCCGAACGGAACGAUGGACUUGGAGAUGGAUAUGGAUAUGGACGUGUCUAUGACUUCGGAAUCCGCGCCCGAUUCAGAUCAAGAAUUCGAAGGGGUACUACCGAAGGUCGCUACUUGGAGGAUGAACCUUACGGCAUUAUCACAAUUCUACAAUAUCUACAUGGUGGCCUACGAGAACAAGAUCUAUAUUUCCCGGCCCCGUAGCUGCGUCACUAACGCCUUGCCGGCCAAACCCGACUUAAUCUUAGAACCUCCAGCCAGCUUAAUGAGCUAUGACGUGGGCGGCUAUCUAGAUCCAGCCGCCCCGCAUCAAGUUAACCAUCUCAUCGUCGGUGAGCUUGGAGACGAGGAAAUUCUACUCCUUGCCUACGACGACGGUGACGUCAUUGGCUAUUAUACUAAGUACAUUGAAUCCGAGAUCUCACGUCGUGAGAAAACCGGCAAUGGUGAUGGGGCCCUCCCCGCACCCUUCUUCCACGAGAAUGUUUUGAAGAGCGCUUGGGGACUCGCAAUUCACAAGAAGUCUCGCUUAAUUGCCGUUAGCUCUAACUUACACAACGUCAGCGUCUUCGUAUUUGCUUUAUCGGGCCAAGAAUACAGACAUAUUGCCGAUGUGGAUUCGGUUGAAUUCUUUAGAAACAUUACUAAAAACGAGGAUGGUAAUAUAGAACCUCCGAUGGUUCCUCCAUUCGACUGCGCCAAGAUCUUCGAAUAUCGUAGUAAAGCUGCCGGGUUAGAAGAAGAGAUUCAGGACCGUAACGCAAACUGGCGUAUUGUUCUGCGGACUGGCCAUGGUGGGACCAACAUCCCUAACAUCGCCUUCAGCAGCGACACGUCUGGAGAGGCCGACAAGGUUGUCGCAGUGGAUAUCAAUGGAAAGCUCUGGUUAAUGGACAUUUGGCAUUUGGCCGUACCAGUCCCCCAUGCCACCAUUGAGCCUCUCCAUCGUGCUCGCGUUAUCCCCAGGGUCCAUGGGCCUCAUGAUGGUGGCCACAGACCAAGGGGUUGGGGCGUCCUAGUGCUACCUGAAAGUAGUUUCCUGCCAACCAAUGAUGUCGAGCAGUCGCUUGGCCUGCCACCAUCAGAAGCGAUGUACCUUGAAAAUGAAAGGAUAGGAGAAUGGAUUGACAACAGCAAAGGCAUCGAAUACGUUAAAAACAAUUCAACUAUACACCCUUGGGUGAGAUCAGGCAAUGCUAGGCGAUUUAAUUUUAACGCGUUCGAGCGUAUGAGGGUUCGGUUAGAUAGCACAUGGUACGAUUCCGGUCCCCAGCCACCUAUGCCGCUACAAAAAUUGAUCGAGGAUAAUGCGCGCCGCGGGGGGCAUAUGUCUCGAAUAAGCGACGGGCGUAAGUCCCGAUUAGCCCAGUCUAAUCCUCGAGCUAUCAAGAGGCGCGAUACCGUCCUGGCGGAUGAGAGCAGUAUCUUGCGGACCUAUGAACUCGAUAUUGAGCUCCGCGGCUUUAAGGAAGACGGCGUAGGGAUCAUGUUCGAAAAGGUCAUCGACCAAAGUCGACCUCCGCAUGCAGUGUUGGAGCCCAUGAGGCCAUCAAAUGAACGACUAGCAAAUCUCAUACACGUACCAGAAUUAUCGUUAGUGGUGGCAGGCUCACUAUGCGGACGGGUAGCACUUAUAACCUUGACACGCCCAGAGCCACACAGCCUCCCGUUCAAACGAUCAUUCAAGAUCGAAGCUAUUCUACCCACCAAGAGGGAUGAAGACACUCAUAAACGGCCAAUUUGCCCUUUGUUGGGUGUGGCUAUUGGACCGAUCCCAUUUGCUGGGAAUGAAAGUCUAGCGGAACGACCUACCAAUCGAAGGCGAUACCGCAUAAUGCUUCAUUACUAUGAUCUUCGAAUCCUGAGUUAUGAGAUAUCUCGUGGCUCACCAACGGACCCACUAACUAUUGUUUGAAGGUAACUUUACCUCACUUUUCCUAGAACUCUUUUUCCAUCAUGAUACCCAAGGUUGCAUUUUCGGAUCAAGGCCGGCGGGCGUUUACAAACAACUCAAGGACGAGAAUAUGACGGAUAAGGCUCUCCAAUCAUGUUUUUCUCCGGUGUUACGAAGUACCAACGAAAGACACGAAAAGAACGACACAAGUAUGUUUAUGCUAGCUUUUCAGCUACGACACUAGGUUACCUGAUGUAGGUACAUGCUACGAAAUGUUAUUUGCAAUUGGUCCCCGUGGGGGAAACCGGGCCAACUAGAACAGGGGUGCGUUUCUUCUAGAAACACUCAGUCCAUCAAGGGUGGUUGGCGAUGCAAAGCACAUGGAUUUGUAGUCUACUCUCUUUUGAUAAGUACUUGCUUUCCAAUUUUACGUACUUGAAAAACGUGAUGAUUAACAGACUGGAUCCUACUUAAAGAACAUCUUAAUUAUGCCCACGCGAUGAAACAAGACUAAAUCGAAUAUCAAUGACGUGUACGAUUAAGCUCCAAGAUGCGCGCUUGAAUGCUCUCGGUUUAAUUGAGAAAGCUAGCAUGCUCAUAAUGCAGCAGAG